UUGAACGAUUCACUUUGCAGCCUACUGCGAACUGCUCGUCCUGUAUGACUAUGAUUUUGCACCGAUUCUUGGGGCCUACAUGACCAAGAUUUGGGACGAGAAGAAGCGGGCCCUCAAGGCACUGGACUACUUUGACUUUCUCGAUGACGAUCAGAUCGUAGAAGCUUGCCGAUAUGGGAGACUGAAGCAAUUCGAUCCACUGGAUACCAUAUUCUGUGAGGAUAUAGGAUCCAUGACCAAUGUCCACUUCGUGCUCAGUGGAGAAUGUCUGAUCCUACAGUGUCUGAAUAUAAAGGUUAGUAUGAAAAGGGGUAAAAAGGUAUAUGAUCUUUUGCCGGCGGCUGAAGGUGAUGUGUCCAAAAUGUUUAGAAAAGCCGUGAGAUCCACAUUUUCCUCUCCAAGCACCCACGAAGAUCAGUCAAAAAUUGAUAUUCUUGAUCUUGUGGCAAGUACGAGUUCCAGUUCCACGGGAGAAAAAAGUGCUCUCAACCGCAAGAUGCGAAAAAUGGAUCUAAGAGAUAUAGAAAAAAGAUGCGGCAUGAUCAAAUCGCCGCCACAAAAAUCGCGUUUCACUUGGCGCCGUUCGAUUCGAAAGUCAACGAUGUCCGUAUUUUCUCGCAGUGAAAAUAGGUUGAUCAGUGAAGAUGUGUUUGAGAAUUUUUGGGAAAUGUGCGAGGAUGAAAGUGAUAUCGAAUCAUAUUCAUCGGGCUCAGACUACACGGACAUGGAGUUUAAGCAAUCCUUCCGUUUCGGUCCUGCUUUGAAUAAUAUUACGGAAAUCGAUUACGAUGGGAGUUCUAUUUUUUCGUCAUCCCUAUCCAGUUUCACCUCAAGCAGUGGUUCAUCCACGACACCCACAAUUGAAAGCCAUUUCAUCGAUGUGGGUACCAUAACAUUUGGAGGCAUUUUCGGCUUGGGCGAGAAAAUGGAAAAUCGCGUCAUAAUGGCAAGGAGCACGGUUCAAUGCCUGAUACUUCCCAGAUUUUUCCUGCUGGAGAAGAAACAAAAUCCCGGCAAUGUCUGGGAGCGCAGACUUUUGUAUGUGGGCGUCAUGGUUCCAUCCAGAGAAGCCCUUUUCGCCCACUAUCGUAAAGCUUGUGACUGGAAGAAAUUCAAAAACGAUAUAAUUUCCGAAACCCUGAAGCCCUCCGACAAUGACAACACAAACAUCGAAGACGUUCCCAUAAUUUGCAGAAUUGUAGAAUCACCAGAGGAUCUCAAUUAGUUGUGGAAAAUAAAUUGUUGAUUAAGGGGCGGUUCCGUAUUUUUCAGUUGAGUCAAAGUAUCAGUAUCAAAGUAUCAAAUUAUGACAAUUUGGUUCAGCUGAAAAAUGUAAGAACACCCGAUAAAUUAAACUGUA